UCUCGAGCAUCAAAAUAAAACACAACAGGACUGAAUUCAAGUCCCCUUUGCCCAUCCUCAAACCGGAGCAAUAAUGUCCUUCAUGCCGCCUACCGGGCGAUCUCUGCUGCGUGCCUCCAAUAUUUCCGGCCCAAUCUGCUGCUUCUGCAAAGAAUCCUUCCCCGGCCGACGCGCCCCUAUCACGCAAGCUGUCCGUAAAGCUUCGUCUUUCCGCUAUGGAGCCCAGCUAGCCCGCCGUUCGUUCGCAACCUCGCCCUCCCUCCUCAAGAAAUCCGGCAAAUCGAAUCUCUCCCACGCCAAAUCCGACUCCUCCCCUCCCGGACCUCCCGCCGUGGGGCUCACACCCACAGACCAGAUCUACGACCUGUCGAACGUCGAAUCGUCCAUCCUCACAUCAAUCGAAAAGCUAAGCCAUGCGCUGGCGCAGCUCCGGACAGGCGGCCGGUUCAAUCCGGAUGUGGUGGAGGAUCUGAAGGUGCAUUUGCCCAAGCAGCCGGGCGGAAGCGCGGCGGUGGUGCGGCUUGGAGAUCUGGCUCAGGUGAUCCCACGGGGUCGGAAUAUGCAGGUCAUCGUGGGGGAGGAGUCGUACGUCAAAGCCAUUCGAACAGCCUUGCAAUCCUCCGAGCAUCACCUCGCGGCCGAAUCACCCACCCCGGACAACCCCCUCACCAUUCCCGUGAAGCUACCGCCAACAACUGCCGAGACACGGCAGAAGGCAUUGGAUGCCGCGCAAAAAGCCGAGGAGGCCGCGCUGCACGGCAUCCGGGAAGCGCGGGGUGCGCAUCAGAAGAGGAUCCGAGCGCGGACGGUCGACAAGUCGGUUCGGCCGGACGAUUUGAGGAAUGCGGGAAAAAAGAUGGACGAGGUGGUGAAGAAAGGGAGUGAGGAAGUAAAGCGGAUCGUGGAGCAGGCGAAGAAAGUCAUUGCGGGUUGAAACUGCACGGGAUAUCCAAGAGCAUGAUGUUUGGCGUCAGCGAUAUGCAUGGGUCUACGCAUUUGAGCAAGAUCUUUGGGUGAAUUGGCUUGGUUUUGGUAAUGUACAUGUAUCAUAUUGCCGUUACUCGUAUCUUAUAUCCCAUUGAAGCACGCUCUCUAUACCUAACAGUACAUAGAACCGUGCUCCUUCAUAAAAGCAUUAUC